AAAGAUGUGGUCUUGUUUCUGUACUAUUUUCAGAUCAUUUGUCUUAGUUGCCCAAAACGAAGCAUGUCUUUUGAAUUAAAGGAAAAGGGCAAUCGGCUCUACAAAGAGGGCGAUUACAAUGGCGCCGAAGAGCUCUUCUCCCAAGCGAUCCAGAAGAACUCCCGCGAACCAACCUUCUUCACCAACCGCGCGCUAACCCGUCUGCGCUUGGAGAAAUGGUCCGGUGUCGAACAAGAUGCCCGCGCUGCCAUCGCGCUCUACGGACACGAAAGUCCCAACCGUCUCAAAAGCUCCAGCUAUCUUGUACAGGCACUCCUAGGCCAACACCAACCACAAGCCGCUUACGAUAUCGCCAUUGAAGCCUACCGCGACAGUCUCUCCGCUAAGUCCCCGCAGACUGAGAGCCUCUCCAAGUUUGUUCUGCGGGCUAAGCAGCAAAUCUGGGCACUUAAAGAGACCCGACGUCUCCGCGAAAUGAACGAUACCCUUGCGACAGUGGAGGGGCUUAUCGAGACUGAGCUGCAGCGCUCACUAGACGAACUGCGCCGUCAGCUAGAUGCCGGGGAGAUUGGGGAGAUCGGAUACGUGGAAGAUGAGAAGGCGUUGCGUGGGGACAUGGAUAAGAAUAUCCAAAAUACUCGCGAGGCUUUCCAGGCUGCAUCGAAGGGGGAGAUUGCUGAGCGGGUAGUGCCGGACUAUCUGGUCGAUGGGAUCUCAUUUGAGAUCAUGCACGAUCCGGUCAUUACGCCGUCGGGGACCAGUUUCGAUCGCGUGGGAAUCGUCAAGUAUGUUGAGCAGUCUGGGACUGAUCCCUUGACGAGAGUGAGCAUGUCGGUUAAAGAUCUACGGCCUAAUUAUGCGCUUAAGGCGGCUUGUGAGGAGUUUCUGGAUAAGAAUGGGUGGGCGGUUGAUUGGUGAUCUUUUUUCCUUUCGCUCUGGAGAUUGCUUUUUUCUUUUGUUUUAGCUAUCGCAUCAAAUACCCGUCUUUGCUAGCAUUUAUGGCGUUUGUUGGCUACUUAAUUUACAAUGUCAGAUAGAGUAUCAUCGCAAUGUAGAGUUGUACAAAUAGAUUCCCUUCAUUAUUCG